UAUAAACUUUUUAUUCAAUAUAAAUCAAUUUGAUGUGAACGUAAAAAUACAUGAUUAAUCACUAUAUCUGUUAUUAGCGUUUUAUCUAUAAUUUUUAAUUUUUUAAAAAUAAAUUUAUAUAAUUUAUACUACAAAUAAAAAUUUUUCGAUGUUAUCUAUUAUAAUGAAAUAAAUAAAUUAUUUAUAUUUUUAUAAAUAUAUAUAUUAAAUAUAGUGAUAUUUUCAGCAUUGAAUGUUAAUUUAGCUUGUUGCUAUGGGAGUACAAACAAAAAGAGUAUAAAUUCAUAAAAAUAUAUAUGUGUAUAUAUUCUGUUUGUGUAUAAAAUUUGAAAAUUAAUUUCAUAUCUUUUAAUUAGAAAAAAAAAAAAAGAAAGAAAGAAAGAUUUUUCAGAAUGAUUACUUCUUUACAAAGUAGAGUAAUCUAUGGGUUGAAGACUGAUAUAAUUUCAAAUGCCCAUUAUAUUUCGGAUUCAGAAAUCUUAUAUCCUGUUGGAAAUGUAAUAGCAAUUCAUAAUAUUCCCCAAUAUGAACAAAAAUUAAUACGAUUACCUGAUAAACAACAAAUAAAUAUAAUUGCAGUUGCACAUAACAAGAAAUUUGCUGCAAUAUGUGAAGUUGGAGAAAAACCUACAAUAUCUAUUUAUGAUCUUCAAACAUUAAAAAGAAGAAAACUUCUUGGAAUACCAUAUGAUGCUUCUGAUGUAACAAGAUUUACUUGCAUAGAAUUUACUUUUGAUAAUAAAUAUAUAGUAGCAGUUACAGGAGAACCUGAUCAAAAUAUGCUUUUUUACAAUUGGGAAAAAGGAAAAGUAGAAUCUAGUUUAAAAGUAGGCAUUCCUCAGGAUCCAUCGGCUAUUGUAGAAGUAUUAUCUUGUAAUCCAUCAGAAGCAGGAAUAGUUGCACUUGGAGGUCUACGCAUAUUUAAAUUCUUAACUCUUUCUGAUUCUAUAUGGCGGCCAUAUGGAUUUUCUAAAGCAGAUACUAUAUUUACAUGCUCUAUGACUUGGUUGAAUUCAGAUAGAUUAUUACUUGGAACUCUAGAUGGUAGAAUACUCUAUUUAGAAAAUGGUGAUUUAAAAAAUAUUUAUAAAAUGACUGAUACAGUAUCUAUGAAUCUUAAAAUUCGUGAAGAAUACGUUAUACAAGCAACUAGUUCAUUAAUAGCCUUAGAGUCAAUAAAACGAAUACCAUGGGAACAUAAUAUUCGUUCUUUAAUUGCAUUUCAAAGAGGUUUUGCAUUUGCCUUUGGGAGAAGAACAAUUAUACUUUUUGAAAAAGAAGGUCCACAUAAAUAUAUAAAAAGGAAUAUAUAUAUAAUUCCAACUCAACCAUCAAAAGAAAAAAAUGAAGAGUUAUAUCAAGUUAAUACUAUAAAUAUUAAUUUAAGUAUAGAUCGUUUGAUAAUUACAACUGGUUGGCCUCAAUUAUUUUAUGCAAAAUUAUGGGGUCCAGAUUUAAAUGUAGAUCCAGAACCACAAGAAUUAAAAAUUAUAGGUCAAGCAUUACAUUUUGGACCAAUAAUUGAUAUUUCUGUAUGUGCUUGGAAAUCAAUUUUUAUGACUUGUGGACAAAUUGAUCAUAGUGUAAGAUUGUGGGAUUUUGAAUCAAAAAGUUUAAUUUUAUAUAAACAAUAUGCAGAAGAUAUUUGUGGAAUAGCUUUGCAUCCUACUGGUCUUUUUUGCUUAAUUGGUUUUAGCGAUAAAUUACGUUUUAUGAGUAUAUUAAUUGAUGAUUUUUUACCUAUGGAAGAAUUUUCUAUAAGAUGUUGCAAUACAGCAAAAUUUAGUCAUGGUGGUCAUUUAUUUGCUGCUGUUAACGGAAAUAUUGUACAAGUUUAUUCUACUAUUGGUUUUGUUAAUAUAUUUAUUUUAAAAGGCCAUACUAAUAUAGUGAAAAAAAUAUUAUGGUCACAAACAGAUACGAAACUAUUUACAUUAGGUGCAGAAGGUACUAUUUAUCAGUGGGAUACAAGUACUGGUCGUCGUUCUGCUGAGAUAAUUUUAAAAGGAAUUACUUUACAUGAUAUUGCUCUUUCUGCUGAUGAACAAGUUGUUUUUUGCAUUGCUGAUGAUAAUAUUAUACACGAAAUAAAAGAGAAUAUGAUACGAAAAUAUCAUUUUCCGGAUGCAAAUGCAUAUUUCAUGAUAUUAGGAAAAGAAGAUCAAGCUUUUUUCUUUGUUUCUCCUGGUGGUUUCAUUUUAUCAAUAAAAUGUCCAAUACAAGAACCAAUACAUCCUCUAAGUUUUCAUAUUCAUUCUGCUGAUAUUACAAAGAUUGCUCUUUCUUAUAAUGAACAAUACUUAAUAUCUGUUAGUAUAGAUGGUAGUUUAUGUAUUUGGAAAGUAAUUUAUCCUGAAGGAAAAGGAAAAAUUGGAAAAGAGAUUGCAUAUACAAAUGAAGUAUUAAUUAAUAAAAAUGAUCUACAAGAAAAAAUACAAACGAUUAUAGACUUGAAUGUUAGGAUGAGAGAAUUGGAAACUGAACACGCAUAUAAAAUGCGUCAAAUAGAGGUAAUACAUAAUGAUAAAGUUAGGGACAUACAUCAAGGUUAUUGUGAAGCUAUUGAAGAAUUAAGAGUUAAAAUAAGUAGACUACAGGAAGAUCACAAGAACGAAUUGAAUACAAUAAAUGUAGAAAUACUUAAAAUGAAAGAAGAACAUGAAGACACAAUGAAACAAAUGGAAACGAAUUAUAAUGCUAAACUUAUUACAGAAUAUGAUAGAUAUUUAGCACUUGAAAAUUCGAUGAAUCUUAUGCGACAAAAUUAUGAAAAACGUUUAGAAGAAGUAGAAAGUCAUGGUGUUGAAGAAUUGCAAAAAGCAACAACUAAAUAUGAGGGUCUCCUUCAUGAGAAAAAAUUACAAUUAGAAGAAACUCAAGAUGAAAUGAUUCAACAGAUACGAGUACAUGAGCAAAUGAUGACGCAAAUAGAAGAUGACGCUGAUAAAGAAAUAUUAGAAUUGAAAACAAAUUAUGAAACAUUUUUGCAUGAAGAAAAACAGAUAAAUAUACGGUUAAAAGGAGAGACUGGAGUAUUACGCAAUAGAUACAUAUCUAGUUUGAAAGAUGUUGAAGAAUUGAGAAGACAAGUACAACGAUUUCAGAACGAAUACGGAUAUUUUCAGAAAACUAUUCAAGAAUUGGAAAGAGAUAAAGAUGAUCUAAAAACAGAAAUAAAUGAAAGAGAUACUACGAUUCAAGAUAGAGAACGUCAGAUAUACGAAUUAAAGCGAUCGAAUCAAGAAUUGGAAAAAUUUAAAUUUGUUUUGAAUUACAAAAUUAUAGAAUUGAAAAAUCAAAUAGAACCACGAGAUCGAGAAAUUAAAGAACUUAAAGAAAAAAUUCGAGACAUGGAGACAGAACUUGUAAACUUACAUAAAACUACUAUCAGUUUAGAAUUGCAAUUACAUGAAUUGAGAGAAAAAUUAGGAGCUUCAAGGCGUGAACUUCAAUAUGAAAUACAUCGAAAUAAAAGAUGUCAACAACUUUUGAAAAAAAUACGAAUAGAUUUGCUCGACGCUUCGGGACUUGUGCAAAAUCCACAGGCGUUAAAAACUGCUAUAACAAAAUUAUAUCAUAAGUACAGUUCAAGCGAUGAAUUUUUGCGUACUCGUAAAGCUGAUUUAGAUGCUCAAUGUGAAUUUAUAAAGCAGAGAGAUCAUUUAGAGAGAACAAUAGCUUCUCUUAGAAAACAAGUUUUCCAGGAUAAAGAAAUCAGUGGUAAAGAUAUAGAUAAAACAGUGGAAGAAAAUAUUAUUUUAAUUACAGAGUUAAAUGCUUUAAGAGAAGAAUUAAAAGAUGCAAGAAAACAUAUUAUACACAUGGAAAGUCUAUUAGGUUACAAAUCGAAAGAUAUGAGAUCAUCAGAAGCAAAGAAAAAAAUGGAAGAAGCAUGUUAUGGACAUGAAAAACUGCGAAUUGAAUACAAGUCUCAAAUGCAAGAAUGCCAAAAUAUAAUAAUUGCUUUAAAAGAAGAUAUGUAUAAGUUGAUAAGUAAGAUACCUUGUGAAGAACUAGAAACAAAAAUAACUUUUUAAAUACGCGUAUUAUAUAAAAAAAAUUUCUAAAAAAAAAAACUUAUAAUAUAUAUAGUAUAUCAUAUGAUAUUCUACCAUAAAUUAUUUAUUUAAACAGUAAAAAUAUCAAUAAUAAAAUAGAACAAAGAAAUAUAAAUGUCUUAAUAAUAAUUACCAACACAGUAUUCUUAUUUAGAAAUAUUAUAUUAGAAAUAAUAUUGAUUACUUAAAGGACAAAUGGAAUGAUAGCUUUUCUAGUUUUUGGAUAUUGAGGAAAUUCUCUUUUAUAUGCUUUAUGUUUUCCUAUUGCCCAAACAGUCAUUUGAUAUGCACCAGCAAUAGUAAAGAAUCCAGCUGAAAAAAAUAUUAUAAUUUUAUAUAUAUAUAUAUUGAAAAGAAAUAUGAAUUAAUAUUGAUUGAAGAAAAUUGAAGAAAAUAUAUAAUAAUUUUUCUGAAAUAUAUUUACCUGGAAGACAUGAAGUCAUAAUGGUAAAACCAAUCCAACUACCAAUUUCAUAAGUGUAAUUUGGACAUGAUACAAAAUUAAAUAAUAAAGUAAAAAGAUUGUUAGUGGGUACUGGUAUUUUUCUUACAGUACUUCCUGCUGGUCUUAAGUCUCUCAAAGCUAAAUGGAUACUUAGGUUUCCCAAUUCACAAAGUACAAAUGUAACUAAUCCAACAAGAAACUGAAAUUGCUUUGGAGCGGUAUACCAAGGAUGAUUUACAUGAUAUGCUACAUACAUAGCAAAAAUCCAAUAGUAUGAACAAUUCUUAAAAAGAUUACGUAAUGGCAUUGUUGCAUGACUAAAUCUAUGGACAAACAAUGUUUCUAGAAGUCUUUUUGCAUAGUGUAUGCUCCAACAAAUAGCUGCCACACUGAAACAAUAUUUUUUGAAGUUUUAAGUUUUGAUAGUCUAACUUUAUAAAUGUAUUUGUUUGAUUUCAAGAUUCUGUGUCCACUAGUAAUUUUACUUCAAUUUUAAAUGCUUUAAAUCUAACUUUUUUAGAGGUUAAAAGUGAUGUAGAUAAGUUAUCAAUAUCUAUUAGAUCAUUUAUCUGUUUGACAUUUGACUUGUAGAAAAGAUAAUAAAAUUUUAAAAUAAAAGUUCUAGUGGACUUGCUUGCAAAAAUAUUAUAAAAAGUCAAUAUUAAAAUUAUAUUUAAUUUCAUAAUUUUUCAUUGAAUUUAUAUAAAUUUAUCAAAAAGAAUGUAUUAUAAUUAUUAUAAUAUAUAUUAAAUAAACUUACUGAAUUUUGUCAUCUA